CAGCCGCCAUUGAGCUAAAAAUGUAAACGUGAGUACAAAGUUUUAACAAGUAUUGGUGACUAUGACGAAGCCGAAAGCCAAAUCGAAGAAAACUGAGAAGGCAAAGGAACAAAUGGGUGUUAACAACCCUCAGGAAACAAAGCCGCUAAAUACACAUGCAUCAAGUCCGGCAAGUAGUAUACAGUCAACACCGGCAGUCGCCGCUAAACUGACACCUAAAACAUGGUUUACCACAGAUAUACAGCGUAUGAUGUUUGCCAUGGGUGACUGUCGUAGACCGCUCCAUGAAUCUGCUCUGUUGAUUGAAGAUAUUGUACAUCAGCAAAUGACAUCAAUGUUAGUGAAAGCUGCUGAAGUGACUGCAAUGAGAGCCGCAAGGUUUAUUAGUUUGGAGGAUUUCCUGUUUUUGAUUAGAAAAGACCGUGACAAAUUGAAACGAUUACUGCGUUUCCUCUCCAUCAAAGACUUGAAGAGUAAAAUAAGUAAAACUGGCAUUGUAGAGGAUGAAGAAACCUACUCUGAAUCAGCCGGGGACAUAAAACCAAUUGUUUCCAAAAGAAGAAAAAUAUCCUAUGAUUUUCUGAACACAAUUGACCAGACUGGAGAACUGCUGGGACUCUUUGAAGAAGAAGACACUCUGGAUGAAAUCAAGCAAGAUAGACUAGAACGCGCUGAUAAACAGUCAAGAACCAUGGAUACGACAACUUAUCAGGAGUACACUGAGAGUAGACAGAUUAAUUUCCAUAAAAAAGCUAGUAAAUUUAAAGAAUGGUUAGAUUGUUCUCAUUUAGUGGAUAUCAAACCAAACCCACUGGCAAUGGAAGUACUCAGUUAUUUUGCUUAUGAAACUGUGGCACAGAUUGUUGAUUUAGCAUUAUUGGUAAAAAGAGAUAUGGAAAGUCAAGUACAAGAUCCAUUUGUCCAAUCUAGACCCCCUAGCUGUAUCAGUAAUAUCACAAUACAUAUACCAUCAACUUCACAGUCUAUAAAAAGUAUCCCCACAUCACAACCAGUGUCUCCUAGCAACCAAUCACCACCAUCAACACCUACUACCCCGACAACCAGUGUCAUGUCAUCUCCAUUUCUAUCAGCAUCAUCUACUAAUUUAAAUGCUUCCUUAAAUAGUAAUUCAUCCAGCGGUUCCCAACAGCAUAGUCUCAGUGGAUCCCAACAACACAAUCUUAGUAAUAUGUCACAACAAAGUACAACUGCAGCCACCAAACCAAAAGCCAAGAAAAGAAAAAAGAGUGGUGCCACAUCAACUUUAGAGAGUGGUAGUGUGAAUGCGAUACAAACAACACAUAUUAGAGAAGCUUUAAGAAGAUAUUAUCAAAGCACUGGACCAAUGGCAGUAUUUUCUGUAAGUGCGUUUCAUAAUUCUUGCUCAAAUUUCCUGAAUUUAACGUGUUAG